GUUAUCCAGACGCCAAGAAGUAAACAAUUUUGAACUGAAAUAACAUCCAGAGAAUAUUUUAUCGCUGUAUUUGGGCGAGAAUACAGCCACGCUGUUACCUAGAGUAAUGUCAUUAGAUGUAAACUCGUUGUAGUUUGACGGCUGUCAUCUUUUCACACGACGGCGACUCCUUGUGGCAGCUCCGUCAAUGAGGCGGGCGUCUGCUGGCAGGAGGCUGUCUGUUGUUAGCUAUUGUCUGCAGCCACAUACUCGCCCAUAGUCGCUGGUAGCGGGUUUGCUUUGUCUUGGCAGAAAACAUCAAGGUUGCAGACAUGCCAAGUCUAAAGCUGAUAUCUGCAACCGACACGCAAUAUUCAGCGACUGUGCUGAAGUCAAUGAACGAGCAGCGAAAUCAUGGAUUAUUUUGUGACGUCACCAUUAUCAUACAGGACAAGAAAUUCAGAGCUCACAAAACCAUCUUGUCGGCGUCAAGUACAUAUUUCCACCAGCUCUUCAGCGUCGCCGGACAAGUGAUCGAGUUAAACUUCAUCAGAGCAGAAAUCUUUGAAGAGAUCCUUAAUUACAUUUACAGCUCCAAGAUCGUCCGUGUCCGAUCCGACAUGCUCGAGGAGCUGAUAAAUGCUGGACAGAUACUGGGAGUGAAGUUUAUUGCAAACUUGGGGUCACCGUUAUCACAAGUUAAAGGUCUGCCUGGUUUGUCGAAGGAGCCAGAAAACAAAAGUGACACAUCCACAGAGAUGAUGCCGAUCAUCACAGAGUCCUUUUCAAUAUCUGCAGAGGAAUUCAAUCAGACAAGCAGACCUGUAGGUAAUGACGACGACUCGGACAGCGACGUUAUGUUCGUCUCUCAGACAGAUGUCAAAUCCAGAGCAGCCAAUCCGAAAGAUGACUCUGUUGAGGUCAUUGAUUUGGAGGGCCCCGAUUCAGAAAAUGCAGCAGCAAAGAAAAGUGAAGAAUCAAAUGAUACUGUAUCAAAACAGAAAGUCAAAGCCCCCGCCCCUGUGAAAACAAAUGUUGCAAAUCCUCCGAGCAUCACUUCUCUGAACACUAGUAUGCCAGAGAGCAGCCCUCUGCACAGCCCAGACAGCUGCUCUAAUAACUCGUCUUCCCCCGCCAGAGUUUGCUCAGGAAGUGCUCCCACAACACCAGCCAGGUCACACAGCUUCACCCUCGAACCAUCGAGUGCCUCUCAGUCGUCUGAAAGCAGUGAUAUCAUGGGAGUCCACAAAAAGCAAGUUUCUACUUCAACUCAGCAAGGAGAUUUUAAAAUAAGGCUGUUGGAUGUAUCGAACGUAGAAACUCAAACCAACGCUUCUAGAGCAAAAAAGACAGUUACGCUUAACACAGCUACAGAGAUUGAUUCCAUUUCAUCAGGUUGUAAAGUUUAUGCCAAUAUUGGGGAAAAUACUUACGACAUUGUCCCAGUGAAGGAAGAUCCAGGAGAGGGGGGAUCUAAAGCCAAUAAAGGGAAGAGAUCGUUAAUGGCAACACCUUUGAAACCGUUUGAUAAAACACCCGUGUUACCGAAGUCCGGCCCAAACAAGAAAAAGUCCAAAACUGAGCUUGAGGAUCACUAUGAGCUGAUCAUGGAUGGAAAGACUUUCUACGUGUGCAUCGUCUGUAAGCGCCCCUACGUGUGUCUGACGAGUCUCCGCCGUCACUUCAACACUCACUCAUGGGAAAAGAAAUACCCGUGCCGCUACUGUAACAAGGUCUUUGCUCUGGCAGAAUACAGAACUAAACAUGAAAUUCACCACACGGGCGAAAGGAGAUACCAGUGCUUGAUGUGCAAUGAAACGUUCAUGAACUAUCAGUUACUGUCCACCCACUGCAAGCAAGUCCACAACCAGGAUCCCAGCGGGAGGAAAGAGAAAGACGAUACAGACAACAACUUAUACCGCCUGCUGCCGUGUAAAACCGUGCAGAUGAAGCCGUAUUCAUGGGCCACUGACGGGCAGGGGGUGCCUGUCAUCUCUGAGGACGGCAGCGUGCACCACAUAACUGCCGGCGAGGAAGUCCACUCUUCCACCCAGAGCAGGAUGUUGAACUGGGACGACAUCUUUGUUGAACCCGAGGCUCACAUCCCAUCUGAAGGCCGAGUCCAACCUGCUGCAAACACUCCGACACAGGGGGUGACAGAGUUUGACUUUGUAAUACCAGAGACCUACUGAGCGACACUUGCUAAUCCAUUACUUGUGCCUUUUAGGUGCCCCUUCAUUUUCCUCUUCAAUUCCACGUCAACAAUAUUGUUCCUCUGUAAUGCUCGAUGGUGUCAACUGAAGAUACAAUCACAUUUAGCCUCUCCGUUCACUGAAGUUUCUCUUCACUCAACUCUGGAAAAGCUUUCUGAUGUGAGAAUUGAAUAAAUAUUUAUAGGCUUGAGUGUUGUGAGAGCAAUAUGAAACAGACCAAGAUUAAAGACUAAACAGUGCAUCAGUGUCUCUGUUGACAGACGCAACACUGAAACAGAAAACGCAUGCUUGAAUUUUUUCAGCAUGGAUGGAGCAAAUAUUCAGUGUAAUGUGAAUGCACCUUUAUCCAUUUUAUCCAGCUUCAACAAUAGC